AUGGGCAACAAUAAUUCAUCGGGAACAUCCUCUUCAUCAACACCACAAACAAUGGCCAAUUUAUUCGAUUCUCAUGUUGGUUAUAAUUGGGGUCUAAGAGGAGAUCCCUAUUUCUGGGAAAUUCUGCAAGAGCACUUUUCUCACAUUAAACAACCACUCAAUUCGGAACAAUUUCUUGAACAAGUUUCUAAAAUUUCAAUGGAAAGAUGUGAUGGAAAAGAUAUUCUCAAAUCGAAUGAUAAUUUAUUGGUAAAGGAUAUUCCAAGAGGUGGAAUGUCGGGUGGAUUUAUUUCAUAUGAAUUUUGGCAACAGGAAGCAAUUCCCGAAUUAUUAAAAAGAUUGGAAAAAUAUAAUAAUAAUAAUAAUUAA